CACGUGUGUUUGUGAAGUUCUUGAAAAUAUUUUAUGAUGCAACUCUUACUUUUUCUGGUUCUUUGAAUGUUACAUGUAAUAAUUUUUUCAAUAAGCUGUGUGACAUUCAAAAAACUUUGAAUAAGUAGAGAAAGAGUAAUGAUGUUGGUUUCCAAAAGAUGGCGACACAAAUAAAAGUGAAACUAGAUAAAUAUUGGGAGGGUGAUGGCAUAAAUUACUUUCUCUUUGUGGCUGUUUUUCUUUAUCCUCGUUACAAGUAUGAGUAUGUUGAAUUUUGUCUUAAUCGGGUGUAUGGGUUGAAUCAAGCCAAAGAUAUGUUGAAAAAAUUGAAGGAUAUCAUUCAUAAGUUGUUUGAGUAUUACUCCAUGAUGUAUCCCCUUCUGGAUGGUAGUUCUUCUGGUAGUUUUAAUUCUAGCAUUGCCUCUCGUGAUCAUGGGGUUGGUGGUGAAAAUGCAAAUGAGGAGGAAGAUGGCUUUGAAGAUGAGUUUAGAUUGAGGGUUAAAAAAAAGCAAGGUGAGGUCAAAAGGAAUGAAUUAGAAAGAUACAUGGAAGAUGAUGUGGAGGAUAACAUUCCCGGUUUUGACAUUUUGCGUUGGUGGAAAUUGAAAUCAAUGAAGUAUUAUGCUCUUGCUCACAUGGCUAGGGAUUUGUUGGCUAUUCCCGUCUCUACCGUGUCUUCUGAGUCGGCAUUUAGUACUAGCGGUCGUGUGCUUGACCAAUUUAGAAGCUCAUUAAGUCCUUCUACUGUUGAGUCUCUAAUUUGCUCACAAAAUUGGUUGAGGACCCAAGAGAAGAUGUAUGACUUAAAGCAAGAACUUGAGGACCAAGAAAAACUUGAAUUAGAGCUCUCAGCUUUAACAAUAUCUAAUCAAGCCAUUGGAGUUGAUGUUGUUUACAACAAUUUGAGGUUAACAUUUUUAUUUACUGUUAUUUGUUGAAUUUCUUUUAAUUAAU